AUGUUUCAUGUUCAACAAAUAAAAAUUUCACGAUCUAUCUAUCUAUCUAUCUAUCUGUUUGAAUCUAUCUAUCUGUUUCAUUCUAAAUGGAAAUCUAUCGGUCAUCUAUCCUAUUUUAUUUUUGAAUCUAUCUUUUAUAAAAUCUAUCUAUACCAUAAACAUGUUUAUAUCUAUCUAUCCAUCUAUCUAUCUAUCUAUCUAUCUGUCUGUUUCCUAUCCUCAUCUUCUCUAUCUUCUAUCAAAGGGUUAAAGAAUUGGAUCUAUCUAUCUAAUAAAAUAAUCAUUAUGAUAGAGGAAAAGUCUAUUUGUCUGAUCACAUCUAUCUAUCUAUCUAUCUAUCUAUCUAUCUAUCUAUCUAUCUAUCUAUCUAUCUGUGUCUGUUUUAUAUCUACACCUUUCAUAUCUAUUUUAUCUAAUCUAUCUAUCUAUCUAUCUAUCUAUCUAUCUAUCUAUCUAUCUAUCUAUCUAAAUCUAUUUUAUAUCUACACCUAUUCAUAUCUAUUCUAUAUCUAUCUAUAUCAAUUUAUAUCUGCAAUUAUUCUAUAUCUAUACUUCUAUCUAUCUAUAUAUCUAUCGCAGCCCUUUCUUCAGCUAUCUAUCUAUCUAUCUAUCUAUCUGAGUCUGUUUAUAUCUACACCUAUUCAUAUCUAUUCUAUAUCUAAUCACAACAGACUUCUAUCUAUCUAUCUAUCUAUCGCAGCCCUUUCUUCAGCUAUCUAUCUAUCUAUCUAUCUGAGUCUGUUUAUAUCUACACCUAUUCAUAUCUAUUCUAUAUCUAAUCACAACAGACUGUAUAUCUAUCUAUAUGUCUAUCUGAUCACAUCUAUCUAUCUAUCUAUCUAUCUAUCUAUCUAUCUAUCUAAAUCUGUUUAUAUCUGUCUGAUCACAUCAGUCUAUCUAUCUAUCUAUCUAUCUAUCGCAGCCCUUUCUUCAGCUAUCUAUCUAUCUAUCUAUCUGAGUCUGUUUAUAUCUACACCUAUUCAUAUCUAUUCUAUAUCUAAUCACAACAGACUGUAUAUCUAUCUAUAUGUCUAUCUGAUCACAUCUAUCUAUCUAUCUAUCUAUCUAAAUCUCCCUUUCUUCAGCUAUCUAUCUAUCUAUCUAUCUGAGUCUACUGUAUAUCUAUCUAUCUAUCUAUCUAUCUAUCUAUCUAUCUAUCUAUCUAUCUAUCUAAAUCUGUUUAUAUCUAUCUAUCUAUCAGUCUAUCUAUCUAUCUAUCUAUCUAUCUAUCUAUCUAUCAAUCUGUAUCUUCUAUCUAUCUAUCUCUAUCUAUCUGAUCUAAACUGUAUAUCUAUCUAUAUCUAUCUGAUCACAUCUAUCUAUCUAUCUAUCUAUCUAUCUAGUCUGUUUAUAUAUACUGUAUAUCUAUCUAUAUAUCUAUCUAUCUAUCUAUCUAUCUAUCUAUCUUAUAUCUGUCUAAUCUGUCUGUUUACAUCUGUUUAUAUCUAUCUAUCUAUCUAUCUAUCAUGGCCCUUUCUUCAUCUAUCUAUCUAUCUAUCUAUCUAUCUAUAUCUAAUGUAUAUCUAUCUAUCUAUCUAUGAUCACAUCUAUCUAUCUAUCUAUCUAUCUAAAUCUGUUUAUAUCUGUCUAAUCACAUCUGUCUCAUCUAUCUAUCUAUCUAUCUAUCUAAAUCUGUUUAUGUAUCUGUCUAUCACAUCAGUAUCUGUCUAUAUCUAUCUAUCUAUCUAUUUAUAUCUGUCUAUUCAAAUCUAUCUAUCUAUCUAUCUGAGUAUCUUUAUAUCUGUCUAUCAGUCAUCUAUCUAUCUAUCUAUCUAUCUAUCUAAAUCUUCUGUUUAUAUCUGUUUCUUCUAUCUAUCUAAAAUCUGUUUAUAUCUGUUUUCUAUCCUUCUCUAUCUAUAUCUAAUCAUCUAUCUAAAUCUAUCUAUAUCUAUCUAUCUAUCUAUCUAUCUAUCUAUCUAUCUAUCUAUCUAUCUAUCUAUCUAUCUAUCUAUCUGUCUGUUUAUAUGCAAUCUCUAUCUAUCUAUCUAUCUAUCUAAAUCUUCUGUUUAUUCUGUCUAUCACAUCAGUCAUAUCUAUCUAUCUAUCUAUCUAUCUAAUCUGUUUAUAUCUUCUAUCUAUCUAUCUAUCUAUCUAUCUAAAUCUGUUUAUAUCUGUCUCCAUUCUAUCUAUCUAUCUAUCUAUCUAAUCUAUCUAUCUAUCUAUCUAUCUAAAUCUGUUUAUAUCUGUCUGAUCACAUCUAUCUAUCUAUCUAUCUAUCUAAUCUAUCUAUCUAUCUAUCUAUCUAAAUCUGUUUAUAUCUGUCUGAUCACAUCUAUCUAUCUAUCUAUCUAUCUAUCUAUCUGUCUAUUUACAUCUAUCUAUCAUCUAUCUAUCUAUCUUUCUAUCUAUCUAUCUAUCUAUCUAACCUUGAAUUAUUUAUCAACGAGUGAAACAGAUUCUGUUCAUAUCUAUCUAUCUAUUUCUAUCUAUCACCUUUAUAUCUAUCUAUCUAUCUAUCUAUCAAGCAGUCCUUUUCAUAUAUCAUAG